GAGGAGAUGAUGGACAAUAGAAGCUACUCUAAUCUGCCAGACAAACUGCCUGUCUUCGCUGAUUCUGCCCACCUGCCACUGGCCAGGUCCUUCUAUCUGGACCCCAUGGUCACUUUCCACCUGUACCCUGAGGCCCCGGUGCCAUCCACUUACUCUGAAGAACUGCCGUUGCUGCCUUUUUCCAGCAACUCCGUGAUCAUGGAAAAUUAUGGUGAACCCUGCCCCUUCUCCUUCCCAAUGACUUAUCCAAAUUACAGAAGAUUUGAAUACUCCUACGGGCCGGCCUUCAUCCGGAAAAGGAAUGAGCGGGAAAGGCAGCGGGUGAAAUGUGUAAAUGAAGGCUAUGCCCAGCUCCGACAUCAUCUGCCAGAGGAGUAUUUGGAGAAACGACUCAGCAAAGUGGAAACCCUCAGAGCUGCAAUCAAGUACAUUAAUUACCUCCAAUCUCUUCUGUACCCUGAUAAGACUGAGACCAAGAAUAACCCUGGGACAUGUUCCUCCAUAAUGGCAACCGCCAGCCUCCACGCUGACCCCAUUUUUAGAAUCAUUUGAUUGUUUCCAAAUAGAAACAAAUGAUUCCACAAAAUGGGGUCCCUUACAGCAUCAUUCAAUGGUUUUUCCUGAAUGUAAUUCCUGCGUAGGCAGAUAAUAGCUCAAAUGAUAACCUGUGCUGGAUAUUUCUUACCUGGGUUUCAGAUGUACUAAAGAGUCUUAUGUAGAUUGAGAAAAUCCUUCUUAAGCUUUGGCGAUUUCUUUCAAGAACCUUAGGGAAGCAGGAGUCCCCAGGAUUCCCUAUACCUCUUGCCUUGCCCUUCUCACCCACUCGGUUAGAGUCUCAGCUGUGAGAAACUCUCACAAAAGCAAUGUAAAGUAGGACUAAUGACCAUUCAGUAUGUGUCACGCGCUUUUCAGACGCCUUGUGCUAAACAGUCACAAUGAACCUCCCUUGAUUUGUCAACGUUUGGUGGUUUCUAUUAUUUCGGGUUGACAAGAAGUCUAUACCUUACCCACACCAUGAUGGGAAAGCAUCUCAGGGUUAAAGCAAAAGUAAUUACCAAAACCUUGUUUUCAUUUGAAAUUAUUUCAGUCAUCUUUUUCUUGUGUGCAGAAGACUUCCUUAGGUAGCUCAGUGGAGGGGUUCGGGGGGCAGGCUCUGGAAUAAACUGCCUCAGUUUAAACUAGGAUUCCGCUACCUCCUCUCUCUGCCUUCUCAGUUCUUCAUUCAGAGAAUGAGAAUAAUAAUGACAGCAACUCCUUGUAUGUUUAUUAUGAGGAUUAACAGUGCCUGCCUGACACGUAAUAAGUAUUCAUAACC